AUGAUCAUCAUCAACCGGUAUGAUCGUCUCCAAAUGACACAGGAAGAGGCAAUACCAAACCUCAACGUAGGAUCCCUUGAGAUGAGUUUUUCACAGAUCUACAGAAGACUUCACCUUUAAGGCAGGACUCAGAUGAAGUCGUGGACUCCACCGUGAUCUAUAAAGAGCCCUGUCCAGCUCAUCUGUAUCAGCUUCUCAUCAUCAGCAUCAUCUGAGUUCCAAAGCAAUCUCUUCUCUCGCUCUUUCCACAUCAAAAACUAUCCAUCUAACAGAAUCUUUUCCUGUUACUACUUCCAACCAUCACCAUGAAGUUCACUGUUGCUGCUGUCCUUGGCUUUGCCAUCACCGCUCUUGCCGUGCCCUCUGCUAACCAGGGAGCCGGCCAGCCCAAGAUCACCCAGAUCUCCUACCACGAAGCCAAGGGCCAGUGCACUACUGGCGAUAUCUAUUGCUGCAACAACAAGCACGAUGAGAAGACCGGCGGCCUUCUCAACUUGCUCAAUGACGGCCUCAUCAAGAAUCUGGACGGCCAGAGUGACUCCAGCUGUGCCAGCACGAGCCUUAUCAAGGAGCUCAACUUGCUUUCCUUUGCCACCCAUGGCAAGGACGACAAGGACAGCUUCUGCAAGAACGUCAUUGCCUGCUGCCCUGCUGGUGGAAAGUGUGAGGCCAUUAGCAAGUAAAUGGCGCAACGGCUUGGACCUGCCUGUUUCAUAGGCACAUCGGAUGCGGGAGGAGUGGUGGAAGUAGGUUGUUGAGUGUCGCAUCCCAGGGUCCGAAAGCUCAGAUUGCGCUGUCAUCAGUUGGCCAUCUUUCCGCAGGAAUCAAGAGCCUGCCGUUGUCUGUGAUUUGCAACGGGGAUAGUGUUAGAUUAGAUAAUACAAGAAUAGAAGGGGAUUGUUAACAUCAGAACA